UCAAUGCUAUUUCAAAUUAGUUUCAUUUCAAAGCAGUAGCUUAGUUUAUUGUAAAUUCUUCAAUAAGGAAAUCAGUUGCUGUUCAAUUAUUCAACCAAAAGCAUCGAAAAUGAAGUUCAUCAUCGCUCUUGUCGUAGUCCUAGCAGCAGUCGCUUCUGCCACGGAAAUUUGGGAAGGAAAAAAAUAUAAAAACUAUGAAUCGGAAAAUUUCGAAGAAUACAUGAAGGAACUUGGUGUUGGAUAUUGGACGCGUUUGGCCGGUAACAGAGUUUCACCGACCGUUGAAUUGAAAAAACUGCCCGAUGGCAAAUACCAGCUGCUCACCAAAUCGACAUUCAAGGAUUCAACGAUCGAAUUCGAAUUGGGCAAGGAAUUCGAUGAGACAACCUUGGACGGUCGUGAUGUGAAGAGUGUUAUUACAUUGGACGGCAACAAAUUGACCCAUAAAAUGAGCGGUGAUCCACCAUCCACCAUCAUUCGUGAAUUUGCGGACAAAGAAAUGAACGCAACAAUGACAGUUAAGAAUGUUGUUUGUACACGCAAAUAUCGCGUUCAAGAAUAAUUGGAUUCAAUUCCGUAUUCGUCUGUCGAAAAAUGUUCAAGCACGAAUACUAAAACAUAAUAUCAAAUAAAUAUACCAAACACACAUCAUCGUUAA